UCACACCAGGUACAUAUCUCUUCUUUAAGUAUCCGCUGUAGCAAAAAAUAGCGUGCUUCGGUAUCUGUCGCCCAUAGGGCUUGGUGACGAGGAUGAUUCCCUUAGUGUCAUAUUCGUGGAGUUUAUUGAUUCGUUGUUAAAAAAGACACUGAGUCACUUUGCACUGUUUAAGAAAGGCUUCUUGUUCCAACACGUCUUUUAUACGCAACUUAUUCGUAGUCGGUAUUAUCAGGAAAUUUUCCGUCGCACACAAGCAGAAGUAUAAAUUUACUUUGCUUGCUAUGGAGGUCUGGCGCUGACCCGCGGUACAGUCCUUAUCCCAGCGGACACGUCUUCAAAAAUGCCUCGUGGAUUACAGCUCUUACUGCUACUAUUAGCCGUGCCUUUGCAGUAUUUGAUAUGCCAGUGGACUAGUCCAUCUGCAAGCGAAAGGGUUCAGCUAAUCAAACAGUAAGUUCAUUGGAAAAGAACAGCUAAAUCUAUCACAACUCGAAUGGAGAAAUUUGUACAUCGAUCUUGUACCUUUUGGAUGUUAGUUUAGGACGGUCAAGUGCAAACAUGUUAUUUUCAGCCAAAAUCUAUCUAUUUUUUUCUCGUUGCUAUUUUGGUAAAAUUUCCGCACAGCCCCAUACUAAAUUAUGCAUUCAGUUCUUGGAUAGAGAAACCAAUGACAAAAACAAUAAAUUUUCAUUGGAAAAACAGAUUUUUAUUUACAAUAGUAUGGGGCUGUGCGGAAAUUUUAUCGACGUGUAAUCUCAAAAUCUCCAUUCCUUCUAAAAAGGAUGAACAAAGCGAAUCAAUAUAAACUUGACAGCAUCAUUUUUGUCUUGCCUCAAAAGAUCACACCUCCUAAUGUUAUCUUCUCCUUUCCCUGCAACCCUGUUAGCUAUGUAUAGUAAUCUGGAACAUAUGUUAGAGAGUGAAAAAUUUUGAUUUAGGCAAAGUUAGCUAUGACUCUGACUAUCACCAACUGUGUCACAGUGAUGUUCAUGUCAAUUACAUGUGCUUCUGUGAAGUCAGAAAUAAGGAUUUAUAACCCUUUACACCCUAAAAUCCGUAUGCAUUUUCUCUAUAUUUGUACUGUUCUUUACACAUUCCCCAUGUUACUAUCAAGGAAGAUAUGUUUAACAGCCAAGAUCUUCUUUAGUUAGUCAUCUUUUCCUUUAAUCUCACUAGUUUACUGUUUGAUUUUGAAGUAAAUUGCAAGGUGAAAUUAGAUGCUAGUCACUCAUAUGGGUGAAAGGGUUGAGGACUGUGCUGAUUACUUAUGGUUUUUACUUUUAAUUAGUUUUUUUAUUAUUUGAGCAAUGAAUAGUGCUUUUUUUUUUUUUUUUUUCGGCUUGGGCUUUAUGCAUUAAUAAAUUUGCUUCAACAUUCCCCCUUCCCACAACCCCCCCUACAGGCUCUUAACGUUGACUCCACCCAAGUGCUAGAUUUUAUUGUCAAUUUUUUUUCUAAAAGGCAAAAUAAGCAACUCAGACUUUCUUGAAGACAUUUCUUUCUGAGCCAUCUACCAUUAAAAAAGUGAAUUUUUUUACCUUCAAACAUCUUGAUAUUAAAAGAUUGAUUCCAUUGGAAGGACUUGACAACUUCAGUUCAAAUUCCCACCUUAAUUCAGGCAAGAAUCAAAUUCCCUAGCCCCAGAUGAUAAGGAUGAUAGUCAAAUGCUUGUGGGUUUCCUAGUAAGGAGGGGAAUGUUGAAGUUCCGAAUUGAUCAGCGCAUUAUCUUUCACAAACAGUAUAAUAAGUAAAUAGUUUUCUUAAGGUACUAUAAGGUUUGUAUUGUGCUUUUAGACUAUCAAAGCCUCUGAAUCUAUUCAGUGGUGGCUAUAUUCUGGAUUGGAAUAAAUGGCAUGACAUGGUUGUCAAGUGGACUCGAUCUAUGAUUAAUUUUUUGCAAGAUGAAGAUGGUGAAUGCCCAGCUGAAGAAGUUUUUAAAUUUCAAGAGAAAAAUGGACACUUUGGAAUGUCAACAGUUCCACGUACUCCCAGACCUAAGCAUGUGAAAUUUCAUGUGGGCCAAGUAAUUAGACAUAAACUGUGGAACUACCGUGGAGUCAUCGUUGGAUGGGAUGAGAAACUGAAGGUUUAUGUAACUGUAUAUUGGUCAAGUGACAUGUAGUAAAUUUUGAGAACUAGGAAAACUCAGACAAGUAUAAUUCAGCUCUCUCUCUCUGACUGAAGUCUCCCUCCCCUCAGAAGUGCUUUGAGGAGAAAUUGAUCAAUUAUUGAUGGAUUGUGUGAUCAGUUCUUUGAAAGAAAAUGAUUAUCAAAUGACACAUCAUCCUCUCCCUAACAAGUAUAAUGGCUUUGUAACAACCACUUACAAAUUUCUCUUUCAGGCCUCAGAGGCAUGGACACAGCAAAAUCACGGAGAUAAAAAGGUUUAGAAGAAUUAAAUUCCAUAUUUGAAGAUAAAGCUUUAGUAUUUUCUCUAAUUCUGAUUCCUAUUUUUCCUUCUUUUCAACUACGUUCAAAGUCUUGAAACUUAUUUAAGAUUUAAUAAGAACUGAAUUUGUUCAAAUUAUCUGUUGAUGUAAACUAAAAUGCAGUCAUGUUAAGUCUUUUUGUCAUUCCUCAGCACUGGCAGGACAUGCCAAACUAUGCAAUUCUUGUAGACAUCCGUGAUCGUCCCAGUAGUCAAGUUACCUAUGUUCCAGAGGAAAAUAUUGAACUUAUUACCAAUACCAAGGUAUGAUAAUUAGGGAAUAAUAUAUAGGCAUGAGUGAGAUAUCGAAAUAAACUUUAGAAGAGAAAUUCCAUAUCUAGUAGCAACCAUGUCUUAUUUUGUUCAUCAUAUAAACACAAUAGGCCUUUAUUGACCAGAAAAGUCAAUUUUAUUAAUGAAUGAACAAGAUAGGAUCUACAAUCCUUGAAAAAAAGUUGUUGAGUGCUUGGAUGAUAAGGCUCGAGAUAAAAAAUGCAUUGAAUCGUUACAAAAACAAACAAUGGGCAUAAUUCAAUUCUCAAAACAAAUUCUCAGUUAUUGACUAUCAAAAUUAGCCUGUGUCAAAUCUUCUAGUUGUUUAAUUUCAUUUGCAGCCACGAGAAAUGCCAUGACCAAAGCAUGGUAGCUUUUGGUUUCUCUUUUUGUAUUUUGUUUUUUUUCCACUUCGAGGAAAGUUUGAACAUCACUGUCUGUAAGUGAUACAAAAUAUUCAGUAUUGUUAGUAGCCAUAAUCCAAGAAAAUUUUGACAAACAACCUUGGACUGAGAAUAGUGAAGGACCUGCCAGAGUGACACAAAAGGCUAGUGAUGUGUCAUCAGCUGAUUGGCGAUAUCAAACACAUAAAAAAUUAUUGUAUAUUACUUUUGUGUUGUUACAGCCUUUCUCAGGGCUGGGACUCCUUGUCAAACAUGACAGUUUAUAUAAUAAAUACAUAAUUAAUCAUUAUGUAUGGAUCAAUUACCCAUUACUUCUGAUCAACUGGCACUUUACACAAAGAUACAACUUGUUUCCCUUGGACAGGAUGCUAGUCCAUCGCAAGGUUACCCCCCCCCCCUAAUUUAGCAGAGUCUCAAACCUUGACCUCUCUGUGCAGAGUCCAGCUCACUUACCAUCAGGGUACCUCAUCUCCCACACAUUGAUGCCUAAGCCUUGAUACCCAUAUGGCUGGACCUUAUUCCAGUUUCAUUAGCACAAAGAAACUAAGAGGACAGUUACUUCCCUUCUAAAAGGAUGCUUGUCAAGGCUAGGUUUCACUCAAGCAUUUGGAUACAUUUCCUCAUAAGUUUGCCACUACCCAGUCAUAAAUGUGUGUGGAGACAUACUGAGUGAAUAGUGUCUUGCCCAUGAAAACCACACAAUGGGUUCUGCCAGAGCUUGAGUUUGGACUUGUAGUGUAGAGUGCAGAGCAAUAACUGUUUUUGUCUGUUAUUAAUGGUUUUCCUGAUAUGUAAAAUUUCAGAUUGUUCACUCAACACUAGAGGAAUACUUUGGUGAAUUUGAUGGUGCAUGCUAUUUACCAAGACCCUGGCUCAAAAAAGUUUACCCUCAUGGAUAAAUAAUUACCUGUGGGAUAUGUCUUAUCACCAGGCCUCAGUUAUUUGAAGCUAAAAUAACACUAUCCACUGGAUAAAUCUCUAUCUGCUGGAUAACACACUAUGUCAAGCUAUCACUUAUCAGCCAGAUAGCGAUUUAUCCUUUGGAUAGCGAUAGCAUUAUACAAAUAUGCAUUAGUGCUUGUUCAAAAAGGUUUAGAAGGAGAUGGAAAAAUUACCUUGUAGUCUAAAGUUUGUUGAAUCCAUACGACAAAAACAAGUCAGUUUUGAUACGACCAUGUGCAGUGAAUUUUGCACAAUAAAUUUCUAUUUCCCCCUGUGUUAUAUUUAAUGAAAUUGAGUAUGUAUGCUGUUUCUAGCUCUUUGUAAUUUA